AUGAAUUUCAAUUUUAUUACAAUCGUUAAUAUUUUAUUUUUUCUAUUCUCCUUAACCGAUGCCAACAACAACGGGGAAGCAGUCAAACUCUUUACUUCCAAUGGCGUUGUCUACAGUUAUGCUGUCUACACCAAAACACUUGCGCCUGCAAGAGUUGUGGUCAAAACAAUUUCCUAUACAACUACCAGAGUAUAUCCAGUCACUUUGGCAAAUUCAGUUGUCUCUUCUACCACUGAAAAAAUAACAGAGGUUUCAACAAUAUCAACUUCGGAACAAUCCAGUGCCACUCAAACAGAUCCAGUAGUUACUUCCUCUAGUGAAUCUGCCCUUAUUCCAUCAACUUCUUUUGAUUCUUUGGCUUCUUCUACUUCCACAUCUUCUGUCGAAUCAUCGCAAAAUAUUCAAUUAUCAAGUGCACUUGCCACUACAUCGCCUUCCUUUUCUAGCUCCUCUUCCUCACCAUCUUUCACAGGAUCAUCCUCUUCUCCUUCAUCGAUUUUUGUGUCAUCGUCCUUCUCCUCUUCAUCAUCGGAUUAUUCCUCAUUGCCAUCUUCCUCUUCCUCGGCAUCAUACGUUUCCACUAUUAUUACUUUGGAGUCAUCAAGCUCAGAGUACGAAAACACUCAGUCCACUUCUAGCUCAAGGAUGGCGUCAUCUUCUUCAGCUAUACCGCCCUCCACAUCCGUCGUCGAAUCGACUCAAACAGAGUCUUUCUCAACGAGAACUACUUCCACAUUGACACCAUCCUCCAAGGUAAGCGCGAUUUCUAGAACAACGACAUCUGCGCCAGCGCAAUCUUCUUCUGUUCAGUCGAUAUCUGUCUCGAGCUCAGAAGGCACUUGUUAUGUAUAUUAUGAUGACGAUGAUUACUAUAGUACUGUCUACCUGACCAACCCAACUCAAUCUGUUGAUGCGGCCACUACAAUAACGAGUACGAACACAAUAUAUGCCACUGUUACCAUUUAG